CCGGCGCGGCGGGGCGGGGGCGGCGCUCUCGGGGGUCCCGGUGUUCCCGGUGCGUUCCCGGCUGUCAUGUCGGCCCUGGAGAAGCAGCUGCAUCUGGGCCGCCUCCCGCCUCGGCCCCCGUUGCCCGGCGGCGGCGGCCAGUCCGGGUCCAAGAUGCGCAUGGGCCCUGGAAGAAAGCGUGAUUUUUCACCAGUGCUUUGGAGCCAGUACUUCGAGUCUAUGGAGGACGUUGUGGUAGAAAAUGAAACUGGCAAGGAUACUUUUCGAAUUUACAAAAGUGGCUUGGAGGGGCCUGUCUUGCUGCUGCUGCACGGUGGAGGCCACUCUGCCCUGUCCUGGGCUGUGUUUACUUCUGCAAUCAUCAGCAGGAUCCAGUGUAGGAUUGUGGCCUUAGACCUCCGAGGCCAUGGAGAAACAAAAGUAAGGAAUCCUGAAGAUCUGUCUGCAGAGACUAUGGCAAAGGACGUGGGCAGCGUGGUGGAGGCGCUCUACGGGGACCUGCCGCCGCCCAUCAUGCUGAUCGGGCACAGCAUGGGCGGCGCCAUCGCCGUGCACACCGCCGUGGCCAACCUGCUGCCCAGCCUGCUGGGGCUCUGCAUGAUCGACGUCGUGGAGGGUACUGCCAUGGAUGCCUUGAACAGCAUGCAGAACUUCCUAAGGAGUCGUCCCAAAACAUUCAAGUCGCUUGAGAAUGCCAUUGAGUGGAGUGUAAAAAGUGGACAGAUAAGAAAUCUUGAAUCUGCCAGAGUUUCUAUGGUCGGUCAAGUCAAACAGUGUGAAGAGGCAGCCAGUCCUGAAUGCCCUAAAGCCAUAGUAGAGGGAAUUAUUGAGGAAGAGGAAGAGGACGAGGAUGAGGAAGGAGGAGGCUCUGUCAACAAAAGGAAGAAAGAGGAUGACACAGAGACAAAGAAGGAGCAUUUAUACACGUGGCGAAUCGAGCUGGCCAAAACAGAGAAGUACUGGGAUGGCUGGUUCAGGGGUUUGUCCAACCUCUUCCUCAGCUGUCCCACUCCAAAGCUUUUGCUUCUAGCUGGUGUUGACAGGCUGGAUAAAGAUCUGACCAUUGGACAGAUGCAAGGGAAGUUCCAGAUGCAGGUCCUCCCACAGUGUGGCCACGCAGUCCACGAGGAUGCUCCGGACAAGGUUGCUGAAGCUGUUGCAACGUUCCUGAUCCGUCACAGGUUUACAGAGCCCAUUGGUGGAUUCCAGUGUGUGUUUCCUGCUUGUUAAUAUCCCGGUGUUCUCCAGCACUGACUCCCAUUGUAAAUAAACUGCACCAGAGGCCACUGUGAUGUAUCCAUAUCCUCUCAUCUCCCAGUCCAGCAGCAGUGAGAAGUUGGUGUGAGACUCAUCCCCUAGAACUAGCUCUCCAGAAUAUCUAAAUUCCUAGGGACUUCCUUGCUGGGAAGCAGCUUCUACUGAAGACCAUGAAAAGCUCUUCAGGCCCUUGGAACUGGGAUCCUCCUCUCUGCUGCCACAAGGAAAGACCUCCUGGAAUCCCAUGUAGUCAGUCAUACCAGUCUCCCCCGAUUCUCAGGCUUCCUUGGACCCAGCUGCAGAAGGGCUGUUGGCAGUGCAGAUCCACCGAGGGCAUUGCAGCACAGCCAAAGGCUUCAGGAUUUCUCCGUGGAGUCACUGGAUCAUCUUGGAAGUGCCCCUUAGAUUUGGGUUUUAUACAUACACUGAUUUUCCCCUAAAGCAGACGAGGAAUCGGCUUCAUUGGGAGCUCAGGUUUCAUCUCACCAGCACCAGCCUUAGGGGUUGAGCUGUGGGAAAAGCCUGGAGGCCACUUUCCUGGGCAAAGCUGGAUGGGAUUGUGAACCAAAAAGGCAAGGGGAGGACUGUGAGCUCCAUUUCAGAGCCUUGCAGUUUGUGAAGUGCUCGCUUCAAGUCCUCUAUGGGAAGAAGAGCCUGAAUAACUCCAUCUACUACAGACACAUCCCAGGCCACAGGACUCUGAACCUGCCUUUAUGGGGAGGAGCCAAGAGCAGCAGGGACAAUGUGGUCAGCAGGCAGUUUGUCUGUUUUCUGCCCCUGGAAUGUGUUUGUCCUUCCCUUCUUGUAGCUGCCACACUCAGCUGGGCAGAGAGAUCAGCGCCUUUGGGAUGCAAAAACAUGGAAUGGGCUGUAGGAAGAACCCUGGGAGAGCUUGGAGUCAGUCCUGCUGAUGUUGAUGCAGAGGUGUAGGCAGCUGUUCUCCCCAGUAUUAGAGGAAGGACCCUGUUUCCACUGUUGCUUCCUGGUUCAUUUCGCUGCCUGCCUUCCAGAAUUCCAUGUGCACAGAGAGCUUUUCUUCAGGGUUCAGUUAUCCACAGACAGCUCCUGGGCUUGCUUUCACCUAAGAGUCACUUUUGAGUGUAAGAGCAGACAUGUUUUGGAGCAGUUUUCCUCAAUCUUUUGCUGGUGGAUGUGUGAAACCCCCUUUUUGUUGCCUGGUGCCCAUAACCCCUUGCUGCUGUCCGAUGAUUUUAAUCCUGCUCUGCCGAGGCAGAGUUCUGUGGUGAUUUGGGAGCUGCCCAGUGCAUGCCAUGACAAGAGCCAUCAGGAAUCCUUGGCACUUGAGAGGUGCAGGUGGGACAGAGCUGUGACUCACCGGGCACAGCAGCCGUGGUGGCCUUGCUCCUGUCCCUUCCCUGACACAGCAGCCUGGGAAGUGCCUGGAUUUGAGACAGGACAGCCUCAUUGCAGAGAGGAAUGCCCUCCUGGCACUUUGGGCACUCAGGUGUGACAGGAGCAAUUGGUGGCUCUCUGCGCUCCCCUCUGUGAGUCACCGUGUCGAUGCAUUGGUUUGGUGUAAUUCCAUCCUGGUCUAGUUCCUGAUGGAUUCCAUGGAUCUUCAGUAGUCAAGAUGCAAAACAGUUCUUUCCCCAGCCGUGUCCCCAGAAUGGCCAAAAGCCCCUUUUGCAGGAGACUCCUUGGUUCAGGCUGUUAGGGAUGAACUAGUGCAGCUGUCUGUCCAGUCUCACUUCCCGGGAUCAUGCUGUGAGUGAUCUGGUGAGUCACAUUCCUGCGUGGUGAAGUCACUUGGAGAGCCUGACUUGGAGUGAGCGAUUCCUCGGUUAUCCCUCCGAUUUGUGAGCUCGGCAGAAAGCCCCAGCAAGCAGAACCCUCCGUGGAAAGCCAGCCAGUUCUGUGUUCUGCAGAAGCACCACUGGGAAAGGAACGAUUCCUGCAAUCCUGUGGGCUGCCUGGGAUUCUGUUUUGCUGUUACCAUUGAGUGAGUGAAAAGAAAAUAAAUAUUUCAAGAGCCUGUUGAAGUGACUGGUGCGUCGCUCCGUGCCAGCUCCCAGCCCUGCCCAGGUGGCUGUUCUGGGACUCUUGUGGGGCUGGAUCAAAAGGAUGGAUUCCUUUUGAUCCAGCAGCACCCUGGGGGUGGGUGGAAGGGAAAUUCCUCUCGGCUCUGUCAAGCCAUGCACAUUUUUGAGACUGGGCUGUUGUCUGAGGAGUAUUAAUGCUCCUGCUGCAGUUUCCAGGGGGCUGCAGGCUGGGAUAAAUGGCAUUUGGUGAAGGAUACACAGGCUGUGGUAAAAGUAACUGCAGAGAGAAGGAGUCUCCUCUCUGGCUCACGAGAAGCAGGGACACAGAAAAAUUCCUCCCCAAAACUCCCAGCUUUGCAUUUUUCCUGCAGCCUUUUGAUUACUUAGAAACCUCUCUUGGUCUUGUUUCCCUUGUUGGAUUGAGGAUCCUUCCCAAUGGAGGAUCCCAAGGUUUGGCAGGAGCAGGAGAUGCACUUUGGGAUGCUGGUCUGUUGCAGGCUUCGUUUCAAUUGAAUAAAGUAAAAAAAUAAAUGUCUGAGACCUAGGAUGGGUUUUGCCAGAUUAUGUGUACUGGACAAAGCCAUCAGGGAUUUACAGAUGACUGGAGCAUUGGGAUUGUUGGGAAAAUAUUAUUUCCUGUAUUGCCAAAGCAGGUACUCUUGCUUUGAAUAAAUCAGCCCUUGAGUAAGGAAUUAAACUCAGGCCUGGGGCUGUCCAGCCAGAAUUUUCCCCUCAGAUUGACAGGGGUGAGGCAGCAGUAGGUAAAAUUGUUAUUUUUCCCCUUUUGCCGUGGACAACCUGAAGAAGGCCCUUCCAGCCCUGCUUCCACGUGUUUAUGAUUUGCAAGCAGUGUUAGGAUGACUUGCAAAAGGUGGAGCUGGGCAACACAGACCUUGGAGAAUCCCUCCAGGAGGGUCUGUUGGGUGUUAGGAAUAAGUUUUUGUACAGUUUAGGCCCUGGCACAGGGUACCCAGAGCAGCUGUGGCUGCCCCUGGAUCCCUGGCAGUGCCCAAGGCCAGGCUGGAUGGGGCUUGGGGCAGCCUGGCAUGGUGGGAGGUGUCCCUGCCAUGGCAGGGGUGGCACUGGAUGGGCUUUAAGGUUGGUCCAUACCCAAAUUAUUCUGAUUCUGUGACUUCAGCACUGACAUUUUCCCUCUUCUCCACUACUGCCUUUUCUUUUGGGAGCAGGAAGACCUGGGAAAAGGGCUGUGUGGAGUGCCUGGCAACCACUGGUUUGAACUGGUAAUCCACAGUGUUGGCAAUCCAGACCUGCCUCUUUAGGCAAGGUCACAAACUUGAGUUGAUGGCUUUUCACUGCCAAGAACCCCUGUCCCUGGUGCAUUGUGCCACCUGUCCCCGAGCCUGGUGCUCUGCUCACAGGCUGGAAGUGCCCUUCGUGUUGCCCAAAGCCGCAUCCCUUGUUUGUGCUGUCCAUCCGUCUGUCUGUCUGACAGUGCUGCCCCCGCAGCACUGUGUCCGUGUGUCAGUUCUCUGGAGAGCCGUGUCUCGUGUCAGCCUCAUCCUGGUCUUGUUCUGUGUCCAUCUCCCUCGCCUACAAAUAAAGCAUUUGUGAAAAGCCUGGA